UGAGGUGAGCACGUUGAAGUCCAAAAACAAUAAGAUAGUUAGAAGUUAGGUUUUCACAUUUAUUAAUUUUUCAUCUAUAAAGUUCUUAUUUAUUUAUUUAUUUAUUUAUACCUUACUCUAGAAAUUAAUAUAACUACAAGUAUAUCAUAUAGUAGUACCAUCAUAUUCUUUCAUAUAUAUCAACACCACACCAUUUAACUCUCUUCACUCUCAACACCCAAAAACAGAGCAACCCCAAAAAAACAGAGCAACCCCAAAAAACAGGGGAGCAAGAAAAGAAGUUAAAAAUGGCGAAUUUCUCUAAAACUAUGAUGUGGGUAGUUGUGAUUUUUGGGCUAAUUUCAAUCGGAAGCUUGAAUGUGGAGGGUCAGAUGAUGUCUCCGGCGUCGGCUCCGGCGGAGGGGCCGGGAACGGCGGGGUCAGACUGUAUGAGUCUGAUAUACAAUAUGUCAGAUUGUUUGACUUAUGUUGAGAAAGGGAGUAAAUCAGCAAAACCUGAUAAAAAUUGUUGCCCUGAAUUAGCUGGAAUGUUGGAUACUAAUCCAAUUUGUUUGUGUCAAAUGUUGGGUAAAAGUAAGGAUUUUCCAAUUGAUUUGGAUCUUAAGAAAGCUCUUAAAUUGCCUUCUGUUUGUGGUCUUCAAACUCCUGAUGUUAGCUUGUGUUCAGCGGCUGGGUACCCAGUAGGUGCACCAUCAGCAGGAGGACCUUCAUCAGCAGUUUCAGCACCACUAGCCGGGAUGUCACCGGAUGCAGGUGGGAUGUCGCCGGAGGCAGCAGGAGGAGACUCAGGGAAGAAUGGAGCCUCAUCAAGUGCACAUUUCAAUGUAGCUUAUCUUGUUGCUGGCUUUGCAAUGGCAUUCACAUUAUUUAAACUUUGAAGAGUAGAUCAAAUUAUGUCCUUUGAAGGAUGAUCAAUUUAGUUCAUGUUUGUUUAAAUGUUUUAAUUAUACUUCCCUAUUUAUUUGACCAUUCACAUUUGUAUUUGUUGCUGUUGGAAUUUGUUACUGUACUUAAUUUUAACUCCUAGUUCAACCAUUCAAAUUAAUAAUAAUAAUUAAGGCAGGAGAUUUUAUUCAAUUA